CAACUGUGUAUUGACAUAUCGGAUUUUUUUAUUAUAUGAAAAAAACAAGUGAAAAGUUAUUCGUCAGCUAAAGAAAAUCUGUAAUUUAAUAAUAAAAUAAGAUAUAAAUUAAUUGGAAAAUGACCGAUUCCAAAUAUUUCUCCACCACCAAAAAAGGUGAAAUCUUUGAGCUCAAAUCCGAAUUGAACAAUGAUAAGAAAGAAAAAAAGAAGGAAGCUGUUAAGAAGGUUAUUGCCAGCAUGACUGUGGGCAAAGAUGUGUCUGUGCUUUUUCCCGAUGUCGUAAAUUGCAUGCAAACCGAUAAUCUCGAAUUGAAAAAGUUGGUGUAUUUGUACUUGAUGAAUUAUGCCAAGUCACAGCCAGAUGCGGCCAUUAUGGCUGUCAAUACUUUUGUAAAGGAUUGUGAAGAUUCCAAUCCCCUAAUAAGAGCCUUGGCUGUACGUACAAUGGGCUGUAUACGUGUGGAUAAAAUCACCGAAUAUUUAUGCGAACCCCUACGCAAAUGCCUCAAGGAUGAAGAUCCCUAUGUACGCAAGACAGCUGCAGUGUGUGUAGCCAAGUUGUAUGACAUUUCAGCUUCAAUGGUUGAGGAUCAAGGAUUUCUGGACCAACUCAAGGAUCUGUUAUCCGACUCCAAUCCCAUGGUGGUGGCAAAUGCAGUGGCUGCCUUAAGUGAAAUUAAUGAGUCUAGCCAAUCGGGUCAACCUUUGGUUGAAAUGAAUUCGGCCACCAUUAACAAACUACUUACUGCUCUUAAUGAAUGCACCGAAUGGGGCCAAGUAUUCAUUUUAGACUCAUUGGCCAACUACAGCCCCAAGGAUGAACGUGAAGCUCAAUCCAUCUGUGAACGUAUUACACCGCGAUUGGCACAUGCCAAUGCAGCUGUUGUUCUAAGUGCUGUAAAGGUUUUAAUGAAACUUUUGGAAAUGUUGUCAAAUGAUGGCGACUUUUGUGCAACACUCACCAAGAAAUUAGCACCACCUUUGGUUACUUUGCUGUCAUCGGAACCCGAAGUUCAAUACGUCGCUUUGCGCAACAUUAAUUUGAUUGUGCAAAAACGUCCCGAUAUUCUCAAACACGAAAUGAAAGUAUUCUUUGUGAAAUACAAUGAUCCCAUUUACGUGAAAUUGGAAAAGCUAGAUAUUAUGAUACGUUUAGCUAAUCAGGGUAAUAUUGCUCAAGUUUUGAGUGAAUUAAAAGAAUAUGCCACCGAAGUUGAUGUAGACUUUGUGCGCAAAGCUGUCCGCGCCAUUGGACGUUGUGCUAUUAAGGUGGAAACUUCGGCUGAACGUUGUGUAUCCACUUUGCUGGAAUUGAUUCAGACUAAAGUCAACUAUGUGGUCCAAGAAGCCAUUGUAGUCAUUAAGGAUAUUUUCCGCAAAUAUCCCAAUAAAUAUGAAAGUAUUAUCAGCACUUUAUGUGAAAAUCUUGACACUUUAGAUGAGCCUGAAGCCAGAGCAUCAAUGGUUUGGAUUAUUGGUGAAUAUGCUGAGCGUAUUGAUAAUGCGGAUGAGUUGUUGGAUAGUUUCCUGGAAGGUUUCCAAGACGAAAACGCCCAAGUCCAGUUGCAGCUGUUGACUGCUGUAGUUAAGCUUUUCUUGAAACGUCCAUCGGACACACAAGAGUUGGUACAACAUGUUCUCUCAUUGGCCACCCAAGAUUCAGACAAUCCUGAUUUACGUGAUCGUGGCUUUAUCUAUUGGCGUUUAUUGUCUACGGACCCAGCUGCCGCCAAAGAAGUUGUUUUGGCUGAUAAACCUUUAAUUUCGGAGGAAACUGAUUUGCUGGAGCCUACAUUGUUGGAUGAAUUGAUUUGCCACAUUAGUUCAUUGGCCAGUGUUUAUCAUAAGCCUCCUACUGCUUUUGUAGAGGGACGUGGGGCUGGUGUACGUAAAUCUUUGCCAAAUCGUGCUGCUCCCGCGGCCGAUGGUGAAGCCAGUGCCCCAGCAAGUGCUGGUGGUGAAGCUACAGUUAUACCCAACCAAGAAUCAUUAAUUGGCGACCUAUUGUCAAUGGACAUUAAUACACCUUCAAUGCCAUCUGCUGCUCCAACUAAUGUGGAUCUUUUGGGUGGUGGUUUAGAUAUUUUGCUUGGUGGACCUCCUACUGAAACAACUUCCGGUGGUGCAACUAGUUUGUUGGGCGAUAUCUUUGGUCUUGGAGGCGCUGCUCUCAAUGUUGGUCUGCAAAUUCCAAAAAUUGUUUGGCUCCCCGCUGAGAAAGGCAAAGGUCUGGAAAUUCAGGGUAGUUUCUCCCGUCGCAACGGUGAAGUGUUCAUGGAUAUGAAAUUUACCAACAAAGCCAUGCAACCAAUGAGUGGUUUUGCCAUACAACUUAAUAAGAACAGUUUCGGUUUGGUACCCGGCCAACCGCUACAAGUAGCACCUUUACCUCCCAAUCAGACCACAGAAGCCAGUUUGACCCUAGCCACCCACGGUCCAGUACAGCGUAUGGAACCUUUGAAUAAUCUUCAAGUAGCUGUCAAAAAUAAUAUUGAUAUUUUCUAUUUCGCCUGCUUGAUACAUGGUAAUGUCUUGUUUGCCGAAGAUGGUCAGCUCGAUAAACGGGUCUUCCUCAAUACCUGGAAGGAAAUACCAGCUGCCAAUGAAGUUCAAUAUUCGCUAAGUGGUGUGGUUGGCACCACCGAUGGUAUUGCCUCGAAAAUGACCACCAACAAUGUAUUUACCAUUGCCAAACGCAAUGUAGAGGGCCAGGAUAUGCUCUAUCAAUCACUAAAGUUGACCAAUAAUAUCUGGGUUCUUCUCGAAUUGAAAUUGCAGCCCGGUAAUCCCGAUGCCACACUUAGCUUGAAAUCGCGUUCGGUUGAAGUAGCACCAAUGAUUUUUGCUGCCUACGAAGCCAUAAUACGAUCACCUUAAAUUAUUUUACUUCAAAUUACUACAAGUAUAAAACUAUGAAUUAGCAACAAAAAAAUAUAUAUGAUGCUCCAAUAAUAUAUUUGAAUUUAAAUUAAUCAUACAAAUAAUAUAAGUAUAAUUAUCUAUAUUCUCUUUACAAAAAAAAAAAAAACAAAAUUGACACGAAUUGUAUCCUUAAAAGUAUUCGUUUUUUAUCUAUCCUAUUUUUUAAUUAUUAUAACUUGUCUUUAUUUUGAUCGAUCAAUUGUGUUGCCUCAACCACUAAAUGUAUGUUUACAAAAAAAAAAAACAACAAUUGCUUUACCUUUCAGUUAAAUGAUUGAACAAAAUCAGCAACAUUCCUUUGGAUUACAAAUUAAAUAUGCUGUUAAUCUAUCUAUUUUUUUUAUUAGAUUUAGAUGCAAAACAUUACACAAAAUUUGUAGACAAAUAGUGUGAAUGUAAAUGCACGUAUUUGAAAUUUAAAAUAAAUAUGUAUGUUAUUCAAAAAAUACAUUAAAUGUUAUUCGAACGCAGAAUUAUGCAUAAUACAAAUAAAUAUUUAACCAAAUAAAAA